UUUGCAGACGAAGGGGAGAGCGUAGAGGAUUGGUUCGAGUCCCGGUCCGAGUCUUCCAGCAACUCACCUGGAGAAGAGGAGUUGUCAGUUGACUCGGAUGUUCACUCACGAUCAUUGCGUUUGAUGGUUCACCUUGGGCAGGCUUUCAGCGCACUUUUGCUAGCGCAGCAACGCGUUGGAGAAUACAAGAGGGUCGCGUCAGACCAUAAUAUCAUUGCGCAGAUGAAACACCCGGCUUCGAUUGACAUUAUGAACAUCAGGACCCUAGACAUAUUGUAGCUGAAUGGUUUUUUA